GAGUGGGGUGCGGUAGCUCAGACCGCGUACCGCGCGCGAGGCGACAACACGCCUUCACAAUGUUGAUGUAGUGUUCUGUGAUACCUCGAAAAUGUCUAAUUACCAUAUUCUAUUGGCUGUUUUGUUUGCGAUCAACUUGAUCAUGGUCUCCUCGCUCCCAAGUCCAACGACGGAGGAGGAUGAGGAUGAAGAUGAGACCACAUCCAGUAGAGCUGACGCGGACGAUGACGGAAGAGUUUACAAGAAUCCGAGAAACUCACCAUCAGCCCAGUGCCCCAGAGAUGAAGAACAGGCUACGUUACUAGGACAGAAGUGUCUUCGGAAAUGCUCUUCUGACGAGGACUGCAAGAGUAAAAAGAAGAAAUGUCUCUGCGAUGGCGCGUGCGGGAUGUCGUGCAUCAAACCAGAUCGUGAGUGUCCAGAACUAGAUCAGCCGGAUAUUGGAGAAGAUUCACUCUCCGUUACCCUGACUGGACGACUUUUUGGUGACAAAGCUGUAUAUUCCUGCCCCCACGGAUACCACGUAGUUGGACUUCAAUCGAGGAGCUGCCAGGCUGAUGGGAAAUGGGCAGGUCAAGCACCAGCGUGCAAAAAGAACAUAUACUGUCUCCAACCACCCACCAUCGAGCACGCACGCCACUCUGCCUUGCCGGAACAAGCUACUUUUGACCUGGACGCCACUAUUCAAUAUAACUGUCAUACUGGCUACGUGACGAACGGCUUCCCAAGGGCUAAAUGUCUGGCUAUAGAGGGGCAAGCUUCGUGGUAUGGACCGGAUAUCACGUGUGAACCUCGCUCUUGCGGUGAACCAGGAGACGUUCCACAUGGAUGGGUGACCGCUGAUUGUCACACCUUCGGAUGCAGAGCUGUGGUGCAGUGUGGACAAGGGUUCGAGUUGGUGGGAAAAGCUGAACGUUACUGUCAAGCUGACGGGGCCUGGGCACCUAAAGAACUACCAACGUGUGUCCUGGUGACGCAGGUGCAGUGUCCACCGCCAGAAGCACCAAGACAUGGAAAGGCUGUUUACACGUCUUGUGCGUACAACUCGGUGGUAUCCUAUGAAUGCAAGUAUGGAUACCGCCUGGUCGGUGACGCAACUAGACGAUGUGGAGCUGAUAAGAAGUGGUCGGGUACUCAGCCAGUAUGCAAGGAAAUAAAUUGCGGACACCCAGGGCAGCUGUGGAAUGGGUGGCUAGAGAAUAUAUCCUCGGGCACAGGAUUAGGAGCGUCGAUAAUAUUCCGAUGUCAAGAUGGGAUGAGGAUGGAGGGCAAUGGAUCUGCAAUAUGCCAGAGUGAUGGCACUUGGAGCCACCCCUUACCGCAAUGUUUAGCACCUUGUGUGGUUCCACAUGUUUCCCAAGGGAAAGUAGUGUUAAUGGAAAACAGGACAGGUGAAAAUGAGACGCAAGAACAUACACAAAUAGUUGGAAGCUCUUCGAUGGUACAGCACGGAGAGAUGAUUGUGGUUGACUGCGAGAAAAAUUAUGAAUUUCCAUCCAAUAACGUUGCUGUCACUUGCAAUAAUGGUACUUGGACACAAAUACCGAGAUGUCAACCAGCUAGAUGUAAAAAAAUGCCAAAAUUCCCUCGACACGGUAUGGUGAUUGCUCCAAAAACUGAGCACGGAAUGAAAGCGAGGUUUCGAUGCAAAGAUGGAUUCGAAUUACGGGGAAAUCCCAUUGUGGUUUGUUCUUUUGGCGUUUGGAGUGGAGAAACUCCGAAGUGUGAAGAAGUGUUUUGUCCAUUCCCUGGUUAUAUCGAAAAUGGUAAAGUACUUCUUGUUGGAAAUAUGGGUCUAUAUGACUAUCGCCCAUAUGUUAAAAAGGUAGUAAAUAAUAAGCAAAUUAUGUAUGAGUGUGAAAAGGGCUACGUACUAUCGGAAGGUCCACCAGGAGCAACCUGUGUUGGUGGCCAUUGGAGUCCUAGAGAACUACCUAAAUGCACUCUCUAUCAACAUCCUCGAAUAAGAUGGAGUCGUAGGCGUCGAUCUAUAACUGAACCAGAGCUACGUCACAAGCGGUCCGCCUACCUCCGACAAUAUUACAACAAGCUUCGAAGACAGGAUGCUUCUCAAGAGCAAAUGGAUGAACUGUACGAUAAAUAUAACCAUGACAAUCAAAAACCAACACUGAGACAUGCAAAUUUCAAACUGAUGAAGAAAUUUGAUCUGGACAUCGAUGGAGAUGAAGAUGAUAUGAUGGGCUCUGACGUUCCUGAUGGAGAAAAUUUCCCAACAGCUGUUUACACUGUUUAUAAUGUACAUGGUGAACCUAUCGGGCAUAAGUUUUAUUCGUAUCAACCAGUUUAUGAACCAGAAGACGAUGAAUUGGUCCAUCGAGUAGAUUCAAACGAAUAUGAUGAUUCGAGUGAUUUAGAAAACGAUUCACAUAUAACUAUAUUAAAAGGCGGCGUUUUCCCGGAUCAUGAGUUUGCGAGCAAUGAAAUAUCAGAAAAUAUUAAUAAGCUAAAACACCAAUAUUUUGAAAGGUAUGUUGAUAAGAGACGCAAAAGAUUUUUGAAUUCAAAAAAUAAUGUUAGAAAAGAGAUUGAUAUUGAACUUAAUGCAACUGAAAGUAACUUACAUAUAACAACACAAACUCUAGAAGAACCGAAGCAUAGAGUCAAACGUAACAUAAACAUGAAAGAAUCGGAUACUCAAUUGUCAACCAUAAAUUCAAUUCCUCAAAGUCCAAAAUUAAUUAACGAUAUUGAUUUGGAUUUACUUAAAGUUAUACCACUUCCAUCGAAAAAUACAUCAUCCGGUGAAAAAGAAGUGGCAGUAAUACCCCUACAAUAUAAAAACACGAAUUCCACUGAAGUAAGUAAUAAAACGGAUAAACGCGAAAAACGAACGAGUAGAAAAACCGAUAGGUUAAAUCAAACCACAGCGACUGUACCCAAAACAGGCCGCGAAGGCAAAGGUGGAAGAAAUAGACAGCAAUCUCAAACAAGUGCAGAAGAUGAAACAGGUCAAAGUGUUGAAGCUAAGGAUUUAGAAGGGGGAAAUAAGACAGGGAAUGACAAAGGCAAGAAAGGUAGACCUAAAAGUCCUUGUGAAGCAAUCGACAGCGAACCUUAUAUAAACAUUGAGGUAGUUAAGUAUGGAAGGGAUCCCAAUAACACCUUUAGUUCUGGAACUAUUGUCAGAGUCGCUUGCGGUAAAGGCUAUGGUCUGAAUUUAGAGGCAAAUGCAACAGCUAAGUGUGUGCGUGGUAGGUGGAAGCCCGAGAAGCCGAUGUGUGAAAUUCUACCUUGCCAUGUUCCGUCGACUGAAUAUGGGAUAUACACAAUGUCACCGAAUGCAAGUCCAGCAAGCAUAGUAUCGGGUCUCGGCCAAGGAGAUGAAAAGGAAUUAAACGAAACAGAUCCUGUUCCUAAUGGUCAGGUUGUCCAUUUUUCGUGUGAAUAUGGGUACAAUGUCCAAGGACCAACAAAUCUUCGCUGCUGGCUCGGUGAAUGGGCAGUAACAAGUAUGCCGGAAUGCGUGGCGGCCCCAUGUGAACUUCCAAUCCUGCAUGGCGCAACAUACGAAGCAGGUUACAGAGCAGGUCUAACAGUAGCACACGCAUCAUCCAUUAAUAUUGCAUGUGAGCCUGGGCGGCUACCGCCAGCCACAUUAAACUGCCAUUUGGGAAGAUUGCAACCAACAGUCCUCGAUUUUUGUAGACCUUUAGCAAAUGUAACUCGUCCUCGACCAACAUCAGAAUACCAAAGUGGAUCAGACAUUGUAAGAGAAGACAUAUCUGAACUUGAACCGGACUUACAAGGGAAGGGAGUUGUAGAGUGCGGGCCACCAGCUAGACUGAAGGGAACCCAGGCGUUCAGGGAUGCCAAGCCCUGGGUACAAGGAACUCUUAUUUACCGUGACGGGUCAGAGGUUAAUGAGACUGUCGAAGCGGACGGUUACCCUCAUGGAACAGAGGUGACAUUUAGAUGUAUAGCGUCUAUCAUGGGAGAGAAAACCACUUGGAAGCUAAUAUGCGAACAUGGAAAUUGGGUCGGCAAAAGUUUUAAUUGUGAAGACCUUGAAGCGCAGAGUGAAGAACUUCUAAGCAACAAUAGCUGUACCUUCCGCAAUGAGGAGCCUCAUGUGGUCUCAUUUUUCAAUGACCUCGAGAUCACUGAAACAGUUGACUUCCCACCGGGUUCAGUUAUUGUAUCCAGAUGCAGCGACAUCGGUAAAUAUGCAAUCACUGGGUCAUCAGUACGUAGAUGUAUUGGUGGAUCCUGGGACGGUGUGAAACCCACAUGCUUUGGACUAAAUCAAGAAAAUGAUUAUGCUAUGGAAAAACCUCCAACUAUUCUAUUCCGGCAUUCUCAAGGACCAAUUGCACAGACGAACGAUGGCAAGCUAUUGGUGUACCCCGGUACCGUAUUGCACAUGGAGUGCCUAUGGAUGAGGAGAUUCGGCAACCCCAAAUGGAAUGUUACCCUUCUUGAUCCUGAAUUGGACAAGAAGUACACAGAAGGCUGGACAACAGACCCUGGACGAGAUAGUAGCCUCGAAUAUAGAAUGAGUAUAUUAAAUGCUGAAAAAGAAGAUUCUGGAAUAUAUCGUUGUGAAACGCCAGCUCGACAAAGUCACCAAGUAGAAAUUAUUGUUGAAGAUGUUCAUUGCCCGCCUCUACCUAUCCGCCGAGGUCUGGUCGCCAGCACUUUGGAGACACAACUCGGCACCGAAAUCAAGUUCUCCUGCGCUAACGGAAACGCACUGCUUGGUUCGCACACGCUGCUUUGUCGUGCGUCAGGCAACUGGAGCGCGCCACUGCCUGUUUGCGAAAGUGUAGAAUGUGGUGAAGUCCUUCACGAUUCACCGCUCGGUGAAGGCGAGCGACGGCCACGAGUGGCAGUAGUAUCACGUGGCGUGGGCGGACGCGCUGCCUUCUCCUGUCCUCCGGGCUGGGCAUUAGACGGACCCACCGAGACCGUGUGCUUACCGGCUGCCGACUGGGCUAGACCUUUUCCUAUUUGUAGAGAGGUUUCAUGUCCAGCACUACCCCCACCGGCCUCAGGGUAUGUCCUUGGACGAGCACCGUACAGAGCUGGUGACGUGCUGCAAUUUCACUGCAACCCUGAACACACACUCCAUGGAAGACCUAUCCUCGUCUGUCAAGACAGCGGACGUUGGAGUGAUAAACCACCGACAUGUGCUCAAGCCUGCACAUAUCCCGGUACGACUAUUUCCGGACGCAUGUCAUCAGUCAAAUUCUACUACAAGAUUGGCGAAACCGUAUCAUUCACGUGCGAACCUGGAUAUAAGCUUAAAGGGGCUCCGAUGCUCAGAUGUCUCAAGAACCGCAAAUGGUCUAACGCAAUACCACUCUGCACUCCAAUAAGUAACUACACUUCGACUGACACGCUCGCAAUGUUUAACGGCGACAUAGAUGCCAUGCUGUCAGAUGAAGCCAUCUUCCCUACCGACAUUUUGAAAAGGCGCGAAACGCCCGCCAUUUUGUCACCAGAAAGUUAUAAAGCCGCUAUGACACGUGUGGCCGCAACACGUAUGCUCAGAAGAUCACCAAUAGAGACUUAUAAAAAUAGAAUUUUUAGAGUUAAUAGAUUAUUAAGGAGAGACAAUGAGAGAUAAUUACGUGAUUAUUUAGGGCAUUAUGUGGAAUAAAGUUUAUGGUGUCGUAUAGAUCUUAUUGUGCCAAGAAUUAUUUUUUUGAGUCACACAUUCCGUUCAAAACCGUUCCGUUUAAGAUUUAUUUAAGUGGGCUUUUAAUUUGAUAAAAUAUAAUCUAAAUAAAAGUUUUAUAUAA